CUGGGAAAAGCUGUGAGCGUUUCUGACCCAGCCUCAUGGCACUCCCCGUAGUCGAAUGCCAGUAUUCAGCACAGCCCUGGCCCGCGGCCCAGAGGAAGAGACAGGCAUGGUUUCCUCCAGUGUGACCUUCCUUUGUGUACGUGAGAGAUCUCCCAGUAAGAAAGCCCCGAGGGGCUGUAUCUUCUUCCACGCGGUCCAUGAGGCAUGUGGAGAGAGUAUUUUGUGAGCUGCCGGGGUGCCAGCCAACAGGUCCUCCUGGCUGCUCUGCAACUUUGGAAAUCACGGCCCGAGUCUUUCUUCCGUGCCGUUACCUGACCCACCUCCUGCUACUAAGGGAGAAGAUGGCAACAUGCAAUGGGAACUAGUCUCGUCUGUUCUUCUUGAUUCUAGAUGGCGCCUUUGGUGUUCCGUUUCCGGAUGGUCGCCUGGAUCCGGAUUUUGUGCCUCAGGGGAAACCCAGAGGCCCUCUUGGUCAAUCAACAGCGUGGAAUCGUGUCCCUGAGCCCGGUGUGGAUGCUGGAGGUUCUUCUCUGUGAGAAGCAUGGGUGUUUACGAUUUCUUGGGCGCUCCAUGCUCCCAGUGUGGUGUUGGCUUGGCCUUUGUGCAUCCGAGGCCCCCCAGUAAUGAAGCCUCAAGGGGAUGAGUGUUCUUCGGUGAGGUCCCUGAGAGUCCUUUCACGUGGCCUGGAGAGACUCUUUGGAAUGCUGCUUCAGCAGCUUUCCAAAGCCAACAGGUCAGCUGGCUUGUGUGCCCCUCUGGAUCUUUCAUGCCGCGCCCGCAUGGCAGGUGAUU